AUGAGCAAACUGAUAUCAACUCGACCUCACUCAUCCCCCAAUUUAUACGACAUCUCGAGAGCGCUGUCCUCUUGCACUCAUGUUUUCAUCAGGCACGGUGCCAUUCGUCGUCCGCUUCAACCCACCUACGAUGGACCUUUCAGAAUACUCGGACGAAAAGAGAAGGUUUUCAUCGUCAAAAGAAAUGGAAACGAAGACGCCGGAUUUAUUGACCACAUCAAACCGGCAUUCCUCGACGCUGAGAAGCAGCCAAGGAAUAAACUUAAGGAGCAGCUAACUCCCAUCCCCUGA